GGAGUCCUGCGCGUUGGGGCUUUCGGAAAGGCCGCGCCGCGCGGACUCGGGGGACCCGCGAUUGCUGUGACCCAGGAGGGGCCCUCUUGCCGGUUCUCAGCGCGCGGAGGUCCCUCACGUCCUGACGUGCGAGUCUUCCACCCCCUGUGUGUCCUGGGGUUAGCGGCGCCUGGUCUGUUCUUGUACAACAGCCCUGUCACUGCAGCCGUCGAGAAAGGGUGUGCCAGGAGAUGGAAUGCGGCCACUGCUUUCGGGAUCAGGAAUAAAGGGAGAGGUUUGGAGCUCUGAGCUCCUGCAUACCCGUGGUCUCAUGUGCUGUCUGUCCGGGACAGAUCUCGCCCUUUCCCCAAACACUCCUGAUGCCUCAUUUACCUCUGACCGCUUUUCUUCGACCGUCGCUUUGGGGGCUGAGGCCCUCGCGGAGUCUUCCCAGGCCCCCUUCCCUCUCUACACAGUCAGAGCCCCAUGGAUCACCCAUCUCCCAAAGAAACCGAGAGGCCAAACAGAAGCGCCUGCGCGAGAAGCAGGCGGCGCUGCAGGCUGGAAUAGCCCGGCAGAGCAAGUCACCUGCAGAAACCAGGAAGACCUGGAGUCCCAAGGAGAUAGUGUUAUAUGAAAUUCCCACGGAACCUGGUGAAAAGAAAGAUGUCUCUGGGCCCGUACCUCCUGCUUACAGCCCCCAGUAUGUGGAAGCUGCUUGGUACCAGUGGUGGGUACGAGAAGGCUUCUUCAAACCAGAGUAUCAGGCGCGACUGCCCCAUGCUACAGGGGAGACAUUUUCCAUGUGUAUCCCACCUCCCAAUGUCACAGGUUCCUUGCACAUUGGCCAUGCACUCACUGUGGCCAUCCAGGACGCCCUUGUGCGCUGGCACCGGAUGCGUGGGGAUCAAGUGCUGUGGGUCCCUGGCUCAGAUCAUGCAGGAAUUGCUACACAGGCUGUAGUGGAGAAACAACUGUGGAAGGAGCGGGGAGUGAGGAGACACGAGCUGAGCCAGGAGGAGUUCCUUAGGGCCGUGUGGCAGUGGAAGGAGACGAAAGGAGGCGAGAUUUGUGAGCAGCUGCGUGCCCUGGGCUCCUCCCUGGACUGGGACCGGGAGUGUUUCACCAUGGAUGAGGGCUCCUCAGUGGCUGUGACUGAAGCUUUUGUGCGACUCUACAACGAGGGCUUGCUGUACCGCCACCGUCAGCUUGUCAACUGGUCGUGUGCUUUAAGAUCCGCCAUCUCGGAUGUUGAGGUGGAGAGCCGGCCCCUGUCCGGGCGCACAGAGCUCCAGCUGCCAGGCUGCCCUAGCCCUGUGUCUUUCGGGCUCCUCAUUUCUGUCGCCUUUCCGGUGGAUGGAGAGCCUGAUGCAGAAGUUGUGGUGGGAACCACAAGGCCGGAGACACUGCCCGGAGACGUGGCCGUGGCCGUUCACCCCAAUGACUCCCGAUACGCGCAUCUCCACGGGCGGCAGCUUCGCCACCCCUUGACAGGGCAGCUUCUGCCCCUUAUCACGGACACUGCUGUGCGGCCAGAUGUGGGCACAGGGGCAGUGAAGGUGACCCCAGCUCACAGUCCCGCAGACGCCCAGAUGGCGGCCCGACACGGCUUGAGCCUCCUCAGUGUCAUUGGGGAGGACGGGACCAUGGUGUCGCCUUGUGGGGACUGGCUGCAGGGUGUUCACCGGUUUGUGGCCCGCGAGAAGAUUGUGUCGGCCCUCAGGGAGCGGGGCCUGCUCCGGGGCGUCCAGGACCACCCCAUGGUGCUGCCCAUCUGCAGCCGCUCUGGGGAUGUGGUUGAAUACCUGCUGAAGAGCCAGUGGUUUGUCCGCUGCCAGGAAAUGGGGGACCGAGCUGCCAAGGCUGUGGCAUCAGGGGCCCUGGAGCUCUGUCCCUCUUUCCACCAGAAGAGCUGGCAGCACUGGUUUGCCCACAUCGGGGACUGGUGCGUCUCUCGGCAGCUGUGGUGGGGCCAUCGGAUUCCGGCCUACCUGGUCGUCGGGGAGCACUUGGAGGAUAACGGGGAGGAGUGUUGGGUGGUCGGGCGGUCGGAGGCCGAGGCCAGAGAGGCGGCAGCAGCACGGACCGGAAGGCCAGGAGCCAAGCUGACCCUGCAGAGGGACCCGGAUGUCCUGGACACAUGGUUCUCCUCGGCUCUUUUCCCCUUCUCUGCCCUGGGCUGGCCCCGAGAGACCUCAGACCUUGCUCGUUUCUACCCCCUGUCACUUCUGGAGACGGGCAGUGACCUCCUGCUGUUCUGGGUGGGCCGCAUGGUCAUGCUGGGGACCCAGCUCACGGGCCAGCUCCCCUUCAGCAAGGUGCUCCUUCACUCCAUGGUUCGGGACGGGCAGGGCCGGAAGAUGAGCAAGUCGCUGGGGAAUGUCCUGGACCCGAGGGACAUCAUCCAUGGGGUGGGGCUGCAGGAGCUGCAGGCGAAGCUGAGGGCUGGGAACCUGGACCCCACGGAGCUGGCCAUUGCGGCGGCAGCACAGAAAAAGGACUUUCCUCACGGGAUCCCUGAGUGCGGGACAGACGCCCUGAGAUUCACACUGUGCUCCCACGGGGUGCAGGGGGGCGACCUGCACCUCUCUGUCCCUGAGGUCCUGAGCUGCCGCCGGUUCUGCAACAAGAUCUGGAAUGCCCUGCGCUUUAUCCUCGGCGCCCUGGGGGAGAGUUUUGUUCCCUGCCCCUCAGAGGAGCUCUCCCCUUCCUCGCUGGUGGACGCCUGGAUCCUGAGCUGCCUGGCCCUGGCUGCCCAAGAGUGCGAGCGCGGCUUCCUCACCCAGGAGCUCUCCCUGGUCACCCACACCCUGCACCACUUCUGGCUGCACAACCUCUGCGACGUCUACCUGGAGGCUGUGAAGCCGGUGCUGGCCCGUGUGCCCUGCCCGCCAGGGCCUCCUCAGGUCCUCUUCUACUGUGCAGACAUCGGGCUCCGCCUCCUCAGCCCGGUGAUGCCCUUCCUGACCGAAGAGCUCUGGCAGAGGCUGCCCCGCAGGCCCGGGGUGCCCCCCGCCCCCAGUGUCUGUGUCGCCCCCUACCCCAGUGCCCGAAGCCUGGAGCACUGGCGCCAGCCUGAGCUGGAGCGGGGCUUCUCCCAGGUCCAGGAGGCUGUGCAGGUGCUGCGGGCUCUCCGAGCCACCUACCAGCUCGCCAGAGCCCGGCCCCGAGUGCUGCUACAGAGCUUGGAGCCAGAUGAGCAGGACCUCUUCCAGGCCUUCCUGGAGCCCCUGGGCACCCUGGGCCACUGUGGGGCUGUGAGCCUCCUGCCGCCAGGUGCAGCAGCUCCUUCCGGCUGGGCCCAGGCCCCUGUCAGUGACACCAUUCGGGUCUACAUGGAGAUACAGGGCCUGGUAGACCCCCAGGCCCAGCUACCUCUGCUGGCUGCCCGAAGGCACAAGUUGCAGAAGCAGCUUGACGGCCUCAUGGCCCGGACUCCAUCAGAAGGGGAGGCAGAGACCCAGAGGCAGCAGAGGCUGUCCUCCCUCCGGCUGGAGUUGUCGAAGCUGGAUCAGGCGGCCUCUCACCUCAGGCAGCUGGUGGAUGGGUCUCCCUGCUCCCCGGAGCGCUGAGCUCUAACUCAACCUGUCUGUGCGGACAGUGAGUGUCGGCUGUCAGGGUGCGACGUGAGCUCGGGGACCGCAGGACUGUGGUCCGCCUGCCUUGUUUGUAGGUGAGGAAGCUCGCCUAUGGGAUGGGUCACUGAUGGUGGCCUCGAGAUGCACAUGUUACCUCCCCGCCUCCUCCCUGUGUGGUCCCGUCUGAGAUUCAGAUAAACUUAAGAUCCCAAGCACGUCUGCAUGUGGUCUUUUAUUGUGCUUUCCAUUAGUGGUGACUUUCUUGUCUCUGCAUUGUGCAGGGGGUGGGGUUUGGUCUGGGAAAGGAGGGAGUCUGCCUGUCAGCUUCAGGGUCUGGGCCACGUGGCAUCGUGGGUGCUGGGCUCUGGCUGCCUCACGCUUUCGAGUGGUGGGGCAGGGCAGGGGCUGCUGUUUCCACCUGCUUUGCAGUCUUGCAAUGCCCUGACAGCUUAGACCCUUCCUCCUCCUCACCAGAUGCAAGGCUCUCUCUGCUCCUAAACCUACCCAUAGAGAUGCCAAGAAAGGGCUGCAGGCCAUGCUGGGAAUGAUGUGGGCCACUGUGACCUGAGACCCAAGCGUCAGAGGUGCGCACUGGCCGAGUUACCUUACCCCAAACCCCUCUUCUCAUCUCGGUGGCACGCAGGACCCCAUCUUUGACACCCAAGUACAGAUGUGACUGUGUAUGGUGAGCUUGUCCCGAGUUGUCCUCCAUCCGUGGUCAGAUGUGCAUGGGCCUCGCAAAGUGAGUGUUUGCCCCAUUUUGGGGGGGAAGAAAUGUGCUCAGAAUGGAAGUAACUGCGAGGCCUCAGUGGGGAGUUAACCUAGUAACUAACUUCAGUCCUUUAUGGCUGUUGUAAGCAAACUUCAUAGUAGUCGUGGCUUUGACUAGGUGGCUCUUUCUGUGGCUGGGCGUGAACAGUAAUAGGCUGUGUGACAAUGGGCCCCCACACCUUUUAACGUGUUCACAACGGAGCUGUAAUUCAUAUGUCUUACUGCCAGGCAUCUCUGAUUUGAGCAUGUCCUGUCCACACUGACUUGAACCACCAGUGGGACAUGCAUGAAACUGCCCCAUUGGAUGGUGUAAGCCGGCAGGACAUGUUAAUUUUUCUUUCCAAUCUGAUGUACUUCCUGACUUUGGGUCAUCCAGUAUCUGCUCCAGUCUCCACCACUGGGUCUACACUUUUAUCCACGGGGAAGAAGAUUAAGAAGGGGUUAGGCGCUUUCCUGUUUCUUUUUCCUGGGUCCAGUGAGUAUUUCUUGAGCACCUACUCUGUGCUGGGUCCUCUUCUGGACACUUGGAUUCAUCAGUGAAGGAAACAAAGAUUUCUGCCCUUGUUCUUUCAUCCCACCAGGGGCAGUUAGAAUGGAGCAGUGCACGCAAGUAAGUUAUAUAGUAUGCUUGGAAGUCAUAAAUGGGAUAGAACAAGGUAAGGGUGUGUGUGUGUGUGUGUGUUGGGCAGGUUGUAUUAUUGGGGAUCUGUGUAGAUCCUGUAGAGUGAGAUUUGAGCAAGGACUUGUGGGAGGUGCAGGAAUUUGCUGUAUGGCUGUUGAGAAAAACCUUCCAGAUGAAAUGAAAAGCCAGAGCAACACAAAGAUGGGGACAUUCCCAGGAUUCUUAGAGCAGCAAGGAGGCCACUGCGCAGGGCAGAGCAUGUGAAGGGGCGUCUCGGGAGGUGAAGCCAGCGAGCUGGGGGUGCAGUGGGGAGGAGGGAAGCACCUUUGGGCUGUACUGGUUGACUGCUUAAAGCCAUUAAAAUGAAGUAACAGGAAACAUUGAGCUCCUCACCCAUACUGGCCACAUUUCAAGCGUUGACAACCGUACAUGUGUAGUGGCUGCCACGUUAGUCAGCACGGUUAUAAAACAUUGCUAUCAUCCAGAAAUUCUGUUGGAAAGUGUCGUGGGCUGUUUUAAGAACUGGAUUCCCUCUGAAGCAGAAGCGCCUUCCCAUUCAAGGGUUAUCACCAGGAAAUUUCACACAGAGCCUAGUUGCUUGUCCACACCUAGCUGCAAGGGAGCCGUGAAAUGUGAGAGGAUGAGCUGUACGCCCAGCCGAAAUGUUCACGACUCAAGAGAAGAGAAUGGCUAUUGGGGGUCGAUGAGCCCUUCUGCCACCCUGAGCUCUUGUGCUGCUCUCAGCCCUGUCUUGGCUCAGGGAAAACAGUUCUUGGAGAAUGGUUUGGAAGCCACACUCUGGGAUCACAAGUACUAAGCUCUAGGGGCCAGGCUGAGGAGCAGUUUGUUUUCUGCUCCUCCAAGCUUUUGGGGAUUCAGACAUCCAGUC